AUGCUGGUUUUCGUCAAGUUGGCUGGCGGUAAGACAACCGCUGUACAAACGGCCGCCGACGACACCGUGGCGAGCGUCAGGGCGAAGGCAGGUCUAGGUGAGAAUGAUCUCCUCUUCUACGGCGGUGAGUGCCUGUGCGACGGUGCAUUGCUGUGCGACUACGCGCUGAAGCGGGAGAGCACCAUCCAGGCGAUGCUCCCGGUUGAGGGUGGUAAGGGCAAGAAAAAGAAGAAGAAGGUUUUCACGAAGCCGAAGAAACCCAUUCACCGUCACAAACUCGAGAAGAUGCGUGCGUUGAAGUACUUCAAAGUCACGGAGAACGACGACGGCUCAUUCAAGGUGGAACGCACGCGUGACGAGUGUCCGAACCCGAACUGUGGCGCUGGCGUCUUCAUGGCGCAGCACAAGGGACGAAAGUACUGUGGUAAGUGUCACCUGACGUACACCAUGAAGUAA